AACCUACAUUCUGAUUCUCCCAUAAAGAACCGAUUCAGAAUAUGGGUGAGGGCGCGCUGCGUUCGUUUGGUUAGCGCAAAAGCGGCGAGUGUAGGAAGAAAGAAUGCGAGGGAAAGAUUUUGCAGCGGAAGAACCUACGACUCUAAUUUUCGUACGCCGCUGGUGUUUUGGAGCUCCGACUGUGGGAACGAGUUCUUAUCUCUUCGAUUGGUUGCCCAUUUUCUAUCUCUCAAUUUGCUGGGUUUAUUCGACCUAGGGUUUUGGCUGAUUUUUACUUUAGGGUUUAGGACCAGGGCUCUUCUGGUCCGCAUUCUAGGGUUCUAGCCUGGAAUUUUGUUCUUAGCUGAAAGCGUUUGGAUGUUUUUCUCUUUUUGUUUUUUUUGUUUGUUUCUGUUUCGGCAUUCGGUAUGUUCUUAACAGUACCGCGUUGCGAGACUAGAAUUUUGUGUACCCUUUUUCUUUUGAAAUUUGGGUUCUGUUAUGGCUCUGUUUUUACGCAAUUUCUUAUUGAUUAGUAUUGGGUUAAGGUGUUGGAAAACGAUGAAUUGGGAAGAAACAGCCUGAGGAGGGAGGGGUUGUUGUUGGGUUCGGCCCUAGAAAUGAUUGCAGAAAAACCUAGUUGGGUUAGGCAUGAGGGCAUGCAAAUUUUCUCGAUUGAUGUCCAACCUGGUGGUCUGAGAUUCGCUACUGGAGGAGGUGACCACAAGGUUCGGAUAUGGAAUGUGAAAUCUGUUGGUAGGAACUUAAAGGGCGAUGAUUCUAAUCAGAGGCUUCUUGCUACUCUUCGUGAUCACUUUGGAUCAGUUAAUUGUGUUAGAUGGGCUAAGCAUGGUCGUUAUGUGGCAUCAGGGUCUGAUGAUCAAACAAUUCUUGUUCAUGAAAAGAAACCUGGUUCAGGGACCACUGAAUUUGGUAGUGGGGAGCCCCCAGAUAUCGAGAACUGGAAAGUUGCUAUGACUUUGAGGGGGCACACAGCUGAUGUGGUGGAUCUUAACUGGUCUCCAGAUGACUCGCUAUUAGCGAGUGGGAGUUUAGACAACACAGUCCACAUAUGGAAUAUGAGCAAUGGUAUUUGUACAGCUGUUUUGAGGGGCCACUCUAGCCUUGUCAAAGGAGUUGCCUGGGAUCCCAUAGGCUCUUUCAUAGCCAGUCAAUCGGAUGAUAAGACAGUUAUUAUAUGGAGAACAAGCGACUGGAGCCUUGUUCACCGAACUGAUGGCCACUGGACAAAAUCCCUUGGGUCUACGUUUUUCCGACGUUUAGGAUGGUCUCCUUGUGGACAUUUCAUCACUACCACUCAUGGUUUUCAGAAGCCCAGGCAUUCUGCACCAGUUUUGGAGAGGGGGGAAUGGUCUGCCACAUUUGAUUUCCUAGGACACAAUGCUCCUGUUAUUGUUGUGAAAUUCAAUCAUUCUAUGUUUCGGAGGAAUUUAACUAAUGCUAAUGAGAUGAAGUCUGUUCCUGUUGGGUGGACAAAUGGAGCUUCGAAGGUUGGAGGCAAAGAAUCCACAUCAUAUAAUGUGAUUGCAAUUGGGAGUCAGGAUCGCACCAUAACUGUAUGGACGACAGCGAGUCCUCGCCCUCUUUUUGUUGCCAAACAUUUCUUUACUCAAAGUGUUGUUGAUUUAUCUUGGAGUCCUGAUGGAUAUUCACUCUUUGCAUGUUCCUUGGAUGGGUCGGUUGCGACUUUCCAUUUUGAGGUGAAAGAAAUUGGACAGAGGUUGCCGGAUUCAGAACUUGAUGAGAUAAAAAGAAGUCGUUAUGGUGAUGUUAGAGGUCGGCAAGUGAAUUUAGCUGAAACUCCAGCUCAGCUAAUGCUUGAAGCAGCUUCAUUAAGGCAAGUCCCGAGCAAGAAAGUGGUUUCGGAACCUCAACAAAAUCUGACGCAUGCAAAAUCUUCAAUUGAUGCGAGGGAUGCGUCAAAGACUUUGGAGGCUCAAGUUGAUGAGUCAAAGAAGAGCGGGGGAGCUGGUGGGGGCGGGGGAGCUAGUGGGGAUGGUUUAAAUAAGGUAUCAUCAGCUUCCCUGAAGGUUUCUAGUCCUGUGAAGCAAAGAGAGUAUAGAAGGCCUGAUGGAAGAAAGAGAAUUAUUCCAGAAGCAGUUGGAGUGUCUGUCCCGCAGGAGAACAAGUCUGGUGGGAUUCAGAGUAGCAGUGCACUCGAUUUCCCUUCUAUGUCAUCUGACCAAAAAAUGGAGAAUAAUGGUGUCGUUUCCCCUGAAUGUUUAAGGGAAAGCUCUGCGAGGGGAAUGCCCAGCCAACAUACUGAUUUAAAGAAGCGUCCAGGGGUCACUGCUCGAGCAACAAUCACUGAUAGUUUAGUCAUCGAGAAGGUUCCUCUCUCUUCAGGUAGAGAUGCAAACAUGAUGGUGGAUUCUUCUGGGAAUUUGAAGACGUCGUCAAGUUCAUUGGCUACCUGUAGUUCUGUACUGUCAAUUAGGGUGCUUGAUAAGAAAGAAGGGGAACAUACCAAGCCAAUUUGCUUGGAAGCUCGACCAAGGGAGCAUGCUACUAAUGACAUUAUCGGGGCCGGAAACACAUCAAUGUUGAAAGAAACAGUUAUUUCUUGUACUAAGGGAUCUAAAACUCUGUGGUCUGAUAGGGUCUCAGGGAAAGUCACUGUUUUGGCUGGAAAUGCAAAUUUCUGGGCAGUAGGGUGUGACGAUGGAUGCGUACAGGUUUAUACAAAGUGUGGUAGACGUUCUAUGCCUACCAUGAUGAUGGGAUCUGCUGCUACAUUUAUUGACUGUGAUGAUUCCUGGAAAUUGUUGCUGGUGACUGGGAAAGGUUCCUUGUACGUAUGGGAUCUGUUUAACCGCAGUUGUCUCCUUCACGACUCGCUGGCAUCAUUAAUUCCUUUGAACCCUGACUCAUCUACAAAAGAUUCUGGCACAAUUAAAGUUAUAUCUGCCAAGCUGUCAAAAUCUGGUUCUCCUCUAGUUCUUUUGGCCUCUCGCCAUGCUUUUCUCUUCGAUACUAGCCUUAUGUGCUGGCUGAGAGUAGCAGACGACUGUUUCCCUGCAUCGAAUUUUUCCAGCUCUUGGAACUUGGGGUCAAUUCAGAGCGGAGAACUUGCUGCACUGCAGGUUGAUAUCAGGAAAUACUUAGCUAGAAAGCCAGGUUGGAGUAGGGUCACUGACGAUGGGAUGCAGACACGUGCUCACCUAGAGACUCAGAUGGCGUCCUCGCUAGCAUUAAAGUCACCUAAUGAGUAUCGCCAAUGGCUUCUAUCAUACAUACGCUUUUUGGCAAGAGAAGCAGAUGAAUCUCGACUACGUGAGGUUUGCGAGAGCUUACUAGGACCGCCAACUGGGAUGGCUGGAGAUGCAUUGACAGAUACAAAAAAUCUUGCCUGGGAUCCUUGUGUGCUUGGCAUGAGAAAGCACAAACUUCUAAGAGAAGAUAUCCUUCCGGCCAUGGCAUCAAAUAGAAAAGUCCAGCGACUGCUCAACGAAUUCAUGGAUCUUCUCUCCGAGUAUGAAAAUGUCGACCCAAAAGAUUCCCUUCCGUCAACAUCAAGCGUUCGGGAACCAUGUCAUGAGCAAUCUGCUCCACAGCAAGCAGAGAAAAUGGAAACUGAUCCCACAGUUACUAAUCCAAAGCCUUCCUCCAAAUUGGUAAUGGUUCCAACAAGUUUUUCUCCACCUCUAGAUCAGGUUCAUGUGGGCGAGUCGGUAAAGGAUCUAGUUCCUUCGGAAGCGAAAAACUGACGUUUCUUAUUGACCCCAUCACAUUCAUAACUAGAUCCCGCAACUGACAUCGAUUAAGCAGCAUAUGUAUCACACCAAGUUGCGUUCUUCAGGUUUGUUCUCGAUCGAUUGUGCUUACCAGUCCCCUAUACAUAUAUGCAUAGGAAAAGAUUUCCAUCCUGGACAUUCUUUCCGUAAUAUCACCCGUCGAAGUAAUAGGUCUAAUUCAAGAGUUGAUUCUUAGGGUGGUGGCUAGAAGUGAUAACCCUUUUCCAUUUAACUUCUCUUUUCUCUACAUUUGUAAUCUAAAUAACUCAGAGCCGCUUUUAUUACCAUAUAUCGGUAUGACGUAGAUUCCCGAGUCUAAAGACAUCAGUACAGCCCGAGGAGACCUACUAAGGUCUCUGCAACUGAGACGAAAUUUAGCUACAAACAUUUGUAUCAUAUUUGUGUUAAAUAUCGGAGGCUCAUACGUUCGUAUGCGUAUUAAAACUUCUAGAUAUAUAUCAAGAACCGUGCUUCUGAAA